GCAGCCGGGCUUUGCGAACGUGGCGGUGCUCGUGGCGCGCGAGCCCACUCCGGUGCUCCUAGAUCAGCAGCCGCUGCCCAACUUGCACUGGCGCCUCAUCCCCGGCGGCCCCGAGCCGCGUCUCUGGCAGCAUUCUGGUCAAAGCCACGCCCCCACACAGGGUUUCGCCUGGACUGAGGUGGUAUAUGGGCCAGGGCAAGGAGUAGUGCACUUCCUGGAGACUCUCAGGAUGCCUGUGGGCGUGCUUAGCUUUGGCACCGCCCCGGGCGCUGGCUUCGGGACCCAAGCCAUGCGGCAGUCAAGCGUAGGUGAGCAGCACUCGCGCCCAAGACAAUCGGAAGAUAUUCUGAGUGCAGAAGAUCUGAACCCUCCCACAGAAUCCUACCCCCUCCUAGAGUCUUCCCUGAUGAUGCCACUCCAGUUCCUAGGAUCCUGUAAGGACCAUGCAUGCUCCGAUGGGACUACAUGUCAUCGUGUGAAACACAAACCUGAGUGUGUGGCCAGCACCAAGAUCACAAUUGGGUCCAACAUCAUGUUCAGUUCCAAGACAACGACUCUGAAGGACUCCAAAACAGUGUCCAUCUCCAGCUCUAAAACCAUGGCCACGACCAAACCAGGAUCAGACAGCACGCCUGAAGCAGAGCCAGGGCUUAUAGCUGUGACCCUGGCUUAUGCAGGGUUUGCACAAGGGGCUUUGAGUGAACCUCAGCCUGAAUCUAUAGCUUUGGUUGAAGCAGAACCUGGACUCCUGUCUGUUAAAGAAUCAAUUCCUGAAACCAUGGCUGUGGCAGACCCAGCACCUGUAACUUUCCCCCUGCCAAUGCCCAUAGCUGAACCAGAGUCCAAAUCCGAGACAGCGUCUGGGCCUAGGUCAAAAACUGUCUCAUUGGCCAAGCUAAAACUCAAGGUGGUAGCAGGGACUGAACCAGCCUUAGAGGCUGUGACUAUGGCAAAACAAGAACUUGAAACUGUGUCUGGGUCCGAAAUGGUGUCUCAAAUCACAUCAGAGACAGUGGGUGUCUCUAGUAAGGGGCAGAGGAGCGUCACAGGGGGUACCUGCUGGGCUUCUGGGUUACCAUACAUCUACACUUUUGAUGGCUACUCUUUCCCUGUGCCUGGAGGAUGCACCUACAUCCUGAGCCGUUGCCCUAAGGCCCUGCGCAGUGGCCUCCCUGCCUUCCAGCUGUGGAUCACUUGCUCUGGAGGGAAGCAGCCCAUUGUGACUUUGUCACAAUGCACAUCUUUGACAUCACCAUCACUGCUGUCAAGCAUGUGUUCGGCUUUGUCCGGGUGAACCAGCAGCGGCUUAGGCUGCCAGCAACACUGCACAACGGGAGGCUGCGGUCGUAUUUCCGCAGCUCAGAACUAUGGGCAGAGGCAGGUCUGCAGCAAGAGCCACCCGCACUGCACCUAGUCCACGACCGGCAGCACGCGCUGUCUCUGCAGGUAACCGCUGGCUACCGUGCGCCUGUGGUGGGCCUGUGCGGCAGCUUCAACAGUGACCCCAUGGAUGAUGCGGGCCGUCCAGACCCGCGCGCCUUCUUGCACACUUGGGCCCUACAGCCGCCUGAUGACCCAUGCCACUCCCUCUGGGCUGCUCCCUGCCCCAAGUCCGGUUCCCCACCGGAGACCCCAGGGCCCUGUGCCGUCCUGGCAGCUCCGAACGGGCCCUUUAGGCACUGCCACAACGUGCUGCUGCCUGCGCCCUUUGAGAUCAGCUGCAGGGCUUGGAUCUGUCCCUUCCCCGACCACCGACCUGUGCCGGAGCCGCUCAAACUCUUGGUCUUGCAUCCGCCUCCUACAGACCUGCUCUUUGCUUGA